UAAAUAUCGUUUAUACCUAAUUGACAUUGUUAUUUUUGCUCGAACUGAAAUAAGUUUUAUUAUAGUUGUUCAAAGAAAUGGCGGAGAACGAUAAUAAACAAAAUUCGAAUGCAAAUUUACAAAUAAUACGUGAUCCUAAUUUAGCAAAAAAUCGAAUAUUUGUUGGUAAUCUACCAACGUGCACUCGUGAAGAAUUGGAAAGUAUAUGCCAUCCUUAUGGCAAAGUACUAGGAUCACUGGUGCAAAAAAAUUUCGGUUUCGUACAAUUCGAAACUGAGGAAAUAGCGAAUAAAGUCGCUUCAUCACUAUCCAAAUCGAUAUUUAAAGGCAAUAUAAUUACUGUGAGGAACGCUGCAUCCAAGCAAGCUACUAAGCGGCAAGCGACUGAUAACGUAGCAACUGCAUCAAAUAUAAAUACCGGCUACUUUGGUGGCCCAGAAUCGAUUGCUGUAAACAGUGCACAAAAUAUGAAUCCAGAUUACAAUGAUUGUGAAAUUAUUGUAAUUGAUCGACGAAAUACAAAGUAUGCCGAGUAUAUAGAACAGCGGCUCAAAGAAAUUAAUUUAAGAGUGGAUGUGCUGUUUCCGAAUGAAGAUGUGCCACUCGGCAAAGUUCUAAUAAAUAUCUCGUCUCGUGGCUGUCUAUAUGCUAUAUUGAUAACUCCACAGCAUGAAGAACAUAAUAGCAUCACAGUGAACAUAUUGUAUGGCCAGCCAGCAGAACACCGAAAUAUGCCCGUAGAUGAUGCAAUAAUGUUGAUAUCAAAAGACUUUCGCCAAAAAAUGGCUAAUGAUGUUAUGAAAAAAACAGCAUUUCCUUUAACUCUACCAAAAGCCUUACCAGUGGUAAACAUGUGUAAUCCUAUGCAAGACGAACGCCACCCAAGUGCCAUUCAAACGCUUUUAAAUUUACUUUCUGAUAAUAUGUCGCUUACUGUGCUUCAAUACGAUCGAAUAAUAAAAUAUCUUCAAGAACGUCGUGAACAUCAAGUGAAAAUAGAACUUGGAGAUGCAGCAGAUAUAGCAACUAAAGUACCCGAUCCUGAAAUCGAAUUACAGAAGAGGAUACUUGAUAUUAUGAAUAAACCAUCGGUAGCAGAAACACAUUAUAAUUUACUAUAUCCCACGUUAGAAGCAGUAAGAUCCGAUUACAGAGCUAUGGAACUGUUAAAAGAUGUCCGCGUACAGAAGGCUCUCGAAUCGUUAAUGGAUUCAAGUCUGGUUGGAACUGUAGAAAACUACAUGAAAUUUUAAUAUAUAAUAAUGUAAAUUUAAGUUUUAUUAAUAAACAAACAAACAAAUGUACAAUAACAAA